AUGCCAAACCCAAGCUCGAUGCGGGCGAAUAGUCCAGAGCCUCUGAUGCAUUAUGCCCGUGCAUGGGGAGAAUCGUCCUUCCCACCUACGCUGCUCGCAACAUUCGUUACAGCUCUUCACAUGCGCCCCUUCCAGCCGCUUCCUAUGAUUUUUCCACCCGCUCUUUUGUUUACUAGCUACGUCAAUCUCCUCGGUUACAAGGAAGAUGCUGCUGGUAUUAGCGCGGCUUGGUCAGGAUUAUACGUUCUUCUUGCUGGACGCAGGAAACAGCCAUUCAGAAAUAAAUGGACUCUGAGGGGUGCGGUUAGAGGAGCGGCGAUGGGAGUGGGGUUGGUGAACCUCGUUAGCGGAGGGAUAGUGUAUAUCUCUGGUAAAAGGAGCAAAGACGAUGAUGGAAAUGGACUCUAG